GAAUGCCGCAAUAAAUUACAUGAGGUGUCAAAGACAUUUGUAGAGGGGAAAAUACUUCUAGAAGAUUAUGUUUUAACUUUAAAGGCCUUAGUGGGGCUCAAAGUUCUCGUUGAGGCAGUAGGAAUUGGUAAAGGGAAGGAAGAUCUAACAGGUCUCGCUGUAGAUUCUAUGAAGUCCACUCAGGGACUUCCUCUUCGCCCAGAAAUACCAGUUGGCAAAGCAUGUUCAAUGCUUACAUCUGGGGAAAUAAUAAGCUUUCUAACUGGUGAUUUCAGAUUAAGCAAGGCUCGGACCAGUGAUCUAUUUUGGGAAGCUGUUUGGCCUCGUUUACUUGCAAGGGGAUGGCACUCUGAGCAGCCAAGUUGUUACAAUUAUGCUGUUUCGUCCAAGAAUGCUCUGGUCUUCCUUGUCCCUGGAGUCAAAAAGUUUUCAAGGAAACUAGUGAAGGGGAAUCACUAUUUUGAUUCUGUCAGUGAUGUCUUGGGUAAAGUUGCUUCUGAUCCUGAGCUAAUUGAACUUGAGAAAGUUGCAGAUAAUGGUUGCACUGAGAGGGAUGGGAAUGGGUGGUGUGAAGAAACAAAAUUAGACAGGGAGAAUUCCCCUGAUCAGCCACGCCAUUGCUAUCUCAUGGUAAAACCUCCAAACCGCAGCAUGGAUGGAAUGAAAUUUACUGUUGUAGACACAAGUCUGGUUAGAGAAAAGAUGAAAAUGGUGAGAGAAGUGAGAAGCUUACCAUUUGAAGUUUUAAGAAGUUCUGCUUUUGAAAAUGAUUCAGAUACUUCAGAGGAACAAACAAAUGAAUCGGAGUCUGUCAACACCAUGUACUAUGAUAGGAAGAAGGCUGGAGGUGGAAUUUCUUCGGACUUGCAUGGUGUAGAAAGUAAUCCUUCAAAAGGGGAGCUUUCGAUAAGCAGCAUGGAUUCUACUGCUCUAUCUGCUGCCUCCAAGGACCAGAAGACAGACUUGCCCAAUAACACACAGAGAAGAGAUGGUAUGAAGUGCCAAUCGCUACAGAGAAUGAUAUCUGAGAACAAAAUAGAUUUAGUCCCCGCAGCAAAAAGACGGCGGAGAUUAACUGCGUGUAGCCGUCCAAAGAAAAAUGUCAACACAGCUAGUUUGUUUAUAGUUCCCAGAGUAAAACAAGAGGAGGCUAGUUUCUAUCCUGACACCCCGAAACAAAGUGCGAAUGUAACUGCUGGUUUAUUUUUCACUCCAGCUGUAAAACAAGAGAAGGCCAGUGAUCAUGCUUAUGACUCUGGACUUUGUGAGAAUGUUCCUUCAAUUAAAAUUCCACCUCAGGAAAGUAACUCAUUAUUUGGUCUUCCAACCCAGGGGAAUGAGACACUAGCAGGUCCAGUUUCAAAUUCCAGCUCAAUUAUCAGCACAGAAGCUAUUCCUGCUACUAGUUCUUCAGGUACCAAGGAUCGACAUGAGAAACCUCUGCUGCGGACUCUAAUUGACCUUAAUUUACCUGUUGCGCCUGAAGUUCAAGGCGAUGAAACUUCUGAGAAUGAAGCUUCUGACGUGCAGCAAAAGAACACAAGCAAGGAAUUAGAAGAGCUCAGUGUAGCAACAGUCUCCAAACCUGUGGAUCACUCUUACCAUCAGCCUGACAUACAAACCAGGAGACAGAGCACAAGAAACCGCCCUCCCACAGCAAAGGUGCUGGAAGCUUUAGCAUUUGGAUAUCUUGACAGAAAGGAGAAGCGAAGUCGUCGGGAUUACCACCUAGACAGUUCCAGACCUCCCCGACGUCGCAAAGCGGCAGGUUCUGGCAGUGGUGUCACAGGUCUUGAAAAAGAUGGAAAAGCAAAUGUUGUCUAUAAUGGUAAUGGUAACGAUAACAGCAGCAGUAACAGCAAUGUGUUAUGUACAGACUUCAAGUCUACUGAAGGAUAAAGGAACUGAGGUUCCAAGCUUCUUUUAUGACUGACAAUGGAGAAUGAUACUUCCUUGAUUUUGUGCCCUGGAUGAUUGAUUAUUGUUGCCAGUUUGGUGGGGUCAAACAUCAGAAGGAAGGUUUCAGUUUUACAGCUUUAGAGAUGUGAAGAAUUUCCAUGGGGAAUGUUACCAUUAACUGCAAAGAGAGACAUAGAGAUCCCUCAGGUCUCUUUGCACUCCAACAAGAGCUGAGAAAAUGCUUUCUUUCAAGUCUCUGUGGAGUUGAAGUUCUAUGCUGUGUUCCCACCUGUCAAUACACACUGCAAGACAAUGCACAUUAUGAUUCUAGUUUCCUUCUUUUUCUUCUCUUUUGUUCAUUAUAGUUACAUGUUUAACCUUGCCAAUUCUGUCAAAUAAGGACAGAGUGAAGGAAAAUGGAGUGGUUUUCAGAAGGCUUUUCCCCUCUUUGGGUGUGUCCUCCUGAAUGAUUACUCCAAAUAUUCAUUAUACAUGCAUAUAUGAAGUGAUUCUCAUUCACAAUUACUUGGCUGUUGUUACUAGUGAUUUGCCUUCCCCUCUUGGAUUCCAAUAAUGGAUUGGAGGGAAUGAAAGGGGUAUUUUACAUAGAUAAAUAUACUUUUCCUUACACAUUGAGUAGAUACAUUUUCUUCAA